AUGGCCGUUAAGAAUAAGAAUAAUACCAAGCUUGCAGCAUCUAAGGAACCUGCUCUUCCGGAUGAGACUCUUCUGAAAAAACGCAAAAACAACGACUCGCACCGUCAGAGACUGUCACGCGAGGCUCAAGCCAAGAAGAAGGCUGCCGAGGAAGCUGAGAAGAAGAAGCGUCGGGCUGCACAGUUCAAGCGCGCUGAAACUUUUGUUAAGCACUACCGGACAUCUGAGCAAGAGCAGGAGCGGAUAGAGCGAACCCUGGCAACAUCUGCGCGGGUGGAGAUACCUUCUGAGCCAAAGCUUCUUUUCGUUGUGCGGAUAAAGAGUGAUACGACUUUGGUUCCUCAAGCUCGCAGAAUCCUUAACGCUAUGCGGUUGCAAGAGAUCAACAACGGUGUAUUUGUGCGUCUUACUGAGGGCACUGCCGAACUAUUGCGCAUUGUUGAGCCUUUUGUAGCUUUUGGUUACCCGACUCUUAACUCUGUGCGCACGCUGAUUUACAAGCGUGGAUACACUAAGGCUUCUGAAGGUGAGACUGGUCGUGUGCCAAUCACUGACAACACCAUCAUUGAAGAGGCUUUGGGAGAUUAUGGAAUCAUCUGCAUGGAGGAUCUGAUUCACGAGAUUUACGCAUUGGGACCUAACUUUAAGAAGGCAGCCAACUUUUUGUAUCCGUUCCAGUUGUCGAGCCCUACAGGUGGUUGGGGUGUUCGUUCCAAAUUUAAGAAGUUUAUUGAGGGUGAAGGUCUUGGUGAGCGUGCUCAGGACAUUAAUGCUUUGAUUGAAGCUCAAAAUUAA